AUGAGUUACCCCUUUGAUCAAGGCGACCAGCAGGCAUGGACACAGGUGGGACAGUUACUGGUAGCCACGGGACUGUCGUCCAUAAUCGGAAUUGAACGAGAAUGGAAACACAAAAGCGCGGGGCUGCGCACGAAUACACUGGUCGGGAUAGGCGCUGCCUUGUUCAUGCUGAUCUCGAAACUGGGGUCAUUUGAUGUCCUGGAUAAAGGGCUGGUGGUGCUGGAUCCCAGCCGGAUCGCAGCCCAGAUCGUGUCCGGGAUUGGGUUCAUAGGGGGAGGGAUCAUCUUCAAACAGCGCAACGAGAUCCGAGGUCUGACGACUGCCGCCGGUGUUUGGCUGAGUGCAGCGGUUGGGGCUGCUUGCGGCGCUGGACUGCUCAGAUUAGCAAGCGUUUCCACCGCGUUGUAUUUCGUCGCUGUACUCGUCUAUCCAAACGUGAUGCAUGUUCUGCGGCAAUACCUCGAGCGGACGGAUACCAUGGAGAUCUCGGCUGUGAUCCGCUACCGGACCGGGGCUGAUGGGUUGCAAACCCUGCUCAUAAAUAUGAUGGAGGCAGGGUUUCACAUACGGGUGAUAACCCGACUKGAAGAGGUGCUUGUUAAUCAAGCCGGCAGUAACGGGGCUGCGGCAGACGACAGACAUCCGUCGAUUUCAAAUUUUCCUAGGACACCAAAGACACCUGCGGCACAUAUUGAGAGGCUCGAGCGGAUCUUUGACAUCCAUCUGACGGUAGAUGGCUCUAGAGGUCCAGAUAGUCUGAUGCAUGCUCUAUCCCAGCUGGACUCGGUUAUUUCGGUUUCCAUUGAGGACGAUGAAGGAGAAUUCGUCCAGAGAGUUUGA